UGACUCCAGAGUCGCAGAGGAAAAAGUAGCGAUUGGUUAUUUUACCCUUUUUCCGUGACCCCUGUAGAAUGACAACCAAAGAGGACUUUAAAAUUCCUACAGAAAAGAAACAGCACGUGCCCACUGCCCGCUUGCCAGGGGUUUGUUACUACAGUUUCUACAGGAAUUUUCACAGCAGACUAUCUCUAGGACCCAUGAAAUCAAGAAACAAGUGGACGGACUAAUUCGGGAAACUAAAGCCACAGACUGUCGCCUGCAUAACGUCUUCAAUGACUUCCUUAUGCUGUCUAACACCCAGUUCAUUGAGAAUCGUGUAUACGAUGAAGAAGUGGAGGAGCCGGUUCUCAAGGCUGAGGCAGAAAAAGCAGAACAGGAGAAGACCCGGGAACAGAAAGAAAUAGAUCUGAUUCCUAAAGUUCGGGAGGCUGUGAACUACGGUUUACAAGUAUUGGACAGUGCAUUUGAGCAACUAGAUAUUAAAGCAGGAAACUCAGACUCUGAAGAAGAUGAUGCUAAUGACCGGGUGGAGCUGAUCCUCGAACCAAAGGAUCUGUACAUUGAUCGUCCUUUACCUUAUUUAAUUGGGUCAAAGCUGUUCAUGGAGCAAGAAGACGUAGGUCUUGGAGAACUAUCCAGUGAAGAAGGUUCAGUAGGCAGCAAUCGUGGCAGCAUUGUGGACAGCGAAGAAGAGAAUGAAGAAGAGGAGUCAGAGGAAGAUUUUGCCAAUCAUAGUGACAAUGAUCCAACCCAGCACACUGCACAAAUGAGUGAUGAAGAAGAGGAUGAUGAUGGCUGUGACAUCUUCGCUGACUCUGAGAAGGAGGAGGAAGAUAUUGAGGACAUUGAAGAGAAUCCUAGACCUAAAAGACCCACGUCCUUUGCUGAUGAGCUUGCUGCUCGGAUCAAAGUGGGUGCCACCAGCCAGAUGGAAGAGGAACAAAGAGCCUUAUCUACAGAAGCGAAACCUCAGAAGACACUGAAAGAGAAGAAGGAAAGAAGAACUCCCUCAGAUGAUGAAGAAGAUAACUUGUUCACACCCCCCAAGCUGACCGAUGAGGACUUCUCGCCAUUUGGCUCCAGAGGUGGUCUGUUCAGUGGAGGGAAGGGGCUUUUUGAUGAUGAGGAUGAGGAGAGUGACCUCUUCGUGGGAGCCCCUCGAAGCCAAGGAGCUGGAGCCGCUGCUAACGAAGUGUCUUCAUCCUCCAAACCCGGAAAGAAGAUUCCAGCUGGAGCAGUUUCUGUAUUUUUAGGGGACACUGAUGUGUUGGGUGCAGCGUCUGCUCCGUCACUGAAGGAGCCCCAGAAGCCCCAGCAGCCCCAGCAGCCCGCUCCAGGGAAGCACUUGUACCUCCCAUCCACGGGCCUCUUUGAUGAGGACGACGACGAUGACUUUUUUGCAGCGUCCUGUAGCAAACCCUCCAAGACAGACAAAAUCAAAUCCACUGCCAACAUCUUUGAUGAGGAGGAAGGAGAUUUGUUCAAGGAGCAAGCAGUGACUUUGCCAGAAGCUGCUGUGAAGCAGACAGAUGAAAAUAAAGCAGGAGGGGAAGGAAAGGUUACCCUGCCUUCCAACAAAAACCUUAAGCUCUUGUCAGAAACAAAGACUCAAAAAGGUUUAUUUUCAGAUGAGGAAGACACUGAGGAUUUGUUUUCUUCUCAAAAUGUGAGCAAGUCAAAAGAUGCAUCUCUCCUGCCUAGCAAACUCCCCACGUCAGUCUCGCUUUUUGAUGAUGAAGAAGAAGAGGAUAAUCUUUUUGGGGCUACAGCUGCCAAGAAGCAAGCAUCAUCUCUACCAACUCUGAGCCAAGAGAAAGCAAAACUCUCUGAGCCCCCCAAAAAGAAAGCAUCUGCCUUGCUGUUCAGCAGCGACGAGGAGGACCAGUGGAAUGUUACUGAUUCACAGACCAACUCAGCUUCUGACGGCAGAUCUAAAGGCGAACUUAGGAACUCCGAGCCCAGCCGGGGCCAGGAGACGGUGAAAAAGACCAGCCUCUUUGAGGAAGACGACGAAGAUGAUCUGUUUGCUAUUGCUAAGGACAGCCAAAAGAAGACCCAGAGAGCAUCGCUCCUCUUUGAAGACGACGCUGAUAGUGGAAGCUCCCUAUUUGGCUCUCCUCCCACAUCCAUUCCUCCUGCAACAACGAAAAAAGAGACUGUCCCUGAGGUACCACCUUUGCUGUUCAGCGAUGAAGAAGAGAAGGAGGUACAACUUGGAGAGAAGCCUGUGGACAAGAAGGUUGAGAGUGCCAAAGAGGUGUCAGAAUUUGGGAGCACUCAUGUGGUUGAGGAGUCAGAAAAGGAAGGGCCUUUGACUGUAUCUACUCAGGAAGCAGCCAAGCAUUCUGAUUUAUUUUCUUCAUCUUCUCGGGACAAAGGAACCAAAAGUAGAACCAAAACUGUUCUUAGCCUUUUUGAUGAAGAAGAGGAUAAAACAGAAGAUCAGUGCAGCACCCCGUCUCUAAAGAAAGACGUCGGGAAGAGUCCCGACCCUGAUGCCCACCCAAAGAGCACAGGUGUCUUCCAGGAUGAAGAGCUCCUUUUCAGUCACAAGCUCCAGAAGGACAAUGACCCCGAUGUUGAUCUUUUCUCCGGCACCAAAAAUACCAGGUUGUUAGAGCCAAGUGUUGGGAGCCUCUUUGGAGAUGAUGAAGAUGAUGACCUUUUCAGUUCUGCCAAGUCCCAGCCUUUGGUAUCAGAAAAGAAGAGUGCAGUGAGAAAAGAUCACUCUGUUGGCUCUUUCAAGAACCAGAAACAUCCUGAAUCCACUCAAGGUAUCAAAGAAAAAAGGCUAUGGAAACCGGAAACCGCUCAGGACUCACCAGGUCCAGCUCCAUUUAAAACCAAAGAGCCAUCCCCACGGAUCGGGAAAAUACAAGCAAAUUUAGCAAUUAACCCAGCAGCACUGCUGCCUGCAGCGGCUCCCCAGAUCUCUGGAACGCAUUCUGCUUUGCCAGAAUUGGCUUUUCCUUCGUCUGAACCUGGGAGAAUCCAGAGUCUGGAAACUGUACCCACUCUUCCUGGGAGUGGGGAGGCCGGCGUGAGUUUUGAUGUUCCAGCUCAGGCCGACACCUUACACAGUGCAAACAAGAGCCGGGUCAAAGUGAGAGGGAAGCGCAGGCCGCAGACCCGUGCAGCUCGACGGUUGGCUGCCCAGGAAUCCAGUGAGGCUGAGGACAUGAGUGUCCCCAGAGGACCCAUUGCACAAUUGUCAGAUGGUGCCAUUUCCCCAGCGGGCUAUCAGCCACAGCCCAGGGCAGCUGGUGGAGAAGAUGGCUCUGAGGAGGUCUUGGCAGUGGCCACUUUGACUUGGGCAGGUGGUCUGGUGCCUGGAGUGGACAGAAGCCCCUCUGGGAAAUCUCUGGGUCAGCCUCUGGGGGGUGACCUUUUUGAUUCUGGAGAUAUCUUUUCCAAGGACACUGAAACUCAGCCCACGGGAAGAAGAAAAGCCAAGGCAAAGGCAGCAGAGAGCCCCGCCAACCUGCUUGGGGGAAGUAAGGCAAAGAUCCCCACGGGUCCUGCUCUGGCUGAGGCUGGUAGUGAUGACGACCUCUUUCAGCCUGUUAAACCAAAACCAGCCAAGGAAGCAAGUCCCUUCCCUCUCCUGGAAGGUGAGGACUGUCUCUUUCCAGAUCAGAAAGGCAAGAGGAACGAGUCAAAAUCCAAUGGUCAGCAAGCUGCCGUCACAAAAGCACAAGAUAUUUUUGAGGAUGAUAUAUUUGCUACAGAAGCAAUUAAACCCUUACAAAAAACAAAAGAGAAGGAAAGGACAUUUGAACCCAACUUGUUCGAUGAUAACAUUGAUAUCUUUGCUGACCUAACUGUAAAACCAAAAGAAAAGUCCAAAAAGAAAGUGGAAGCUAAGUCUAUAUUUGAAGAUGACAUGGAUGAUAUCUUCUCUGGCGUCCAGGCUAAGACAACCAAACCAAAAAGUCGCUCUUCACAGGCAGCACCUGAACCAAGAUCUGAACAGAAGGUGGCCAACAUAUUUGACGAUCCUUUGAAUGCCUUUGGAGGCCAGUAGAGCAUACAGAAUAUGCCAUCUCACUCUUCAGCUACAUCCUUGAGUUAAUAACGCUGUCUUAUGCAUUUUUUGUCUUAACUGAAUUAUCAGAAGCAAAUACUGAAACAGUGUACUCACCUCUUACUAAAUGCACUUUGUAUUUUUCUGCACUGGUUUUAAUCAUGCUUAAUACUGCAAAACAAAAAUAAAUGUUUCACAGUGUU